AUGUCUACUGAACUCCAAAUCCUCUCUAAACCAGAGGCUCCAGUUAACGUUGUCACGGUCGACAGAACGCAAGCCCAGGCGCUGGGUCAGACCCUGCAGGCCAGAGAAGAAACGAUCGAACCGGUUACUUCGUUUUCUCCUACAGAUACUCCACUCCAGAUCGAUGAGCAGGAAAAUGUGUUUGCCAACUUGAAGCCACAACCCAACGACCAUUUCCCCGAUGGCGGUUUGAAAGCAUGGCUUGUCGUUUUGGGCAGCUUCAUCGGGUUGGUGAUCAAUUUCGGUUUUUUAAACGCUGUGGGCGCCAUUCAGGCCUACGUGCUGAACCAUCAGUUGGCAGGUGAAAAAGUCAGUUCUGUGUCGUGGGUUUUCUCCAUCUACAUGUGCUUGCCUUUCUUCUUGGGUGCUUUUGUCGGGCCCGUGUUCGAUUCUCGAGGAGCCACGCCGCUUCUUAUUGCUGCCACAGUUUUGCUUUUUGUCGGUUUCAUAGCGGUCAGUUUUUCAAAGCUGAUUGUCGCUUUCAUCUUCUCGCUUGCCAUUUGCAUGGGUACGGCUCAGGCGCUUGCAAUCACUCCGUUGGUAUCCUCCAUUUCCCAUUGGUUCAUGCUCAACAGAGGAAAGGCCAUGGGGAUGGCUACUUUGGGAGGCUCCAUUGGCGGCAUUAUCUGGCCUAUUAUUCUCAACAGCUUGUACACAGCCGUGGGGUUCGGCUGGGGUAUCCGUAUUUGUGGAUUUAUUUGCCUUGCUGGUUCCAUAACCGCGGUGGUUUUGGUCAAGUCUCGUUUCAGAAGAGUUCUUUCUGAAGCCGACCUGGACCAUUUAGGCAGAGGCAGACACAAGAAGUUUUUAACAACUACCAAAUCAUUUUUUGACCUUUCCGCCUUCAAGGACUUGCAAUUCUCCUACCUCGUGUUUGGCGUUUUCAGCACAGAAAUCGCCUUGAUGUCUAUUCUCACCUACUUGGCCACAUACGCUAUUUCGUACGGUCUUUCCGAGGCAGCCUCCUUGUACCUUUUGACGUUUUUCAACCUUGCAGGUGCUUUUGGCCGUUAUAUCCCAAAUCAUCUUGCCGACAAGGUGGGAACCUUCAAUGUGAUGAUCCUCAUGCUUCUUGGCUUUGUCAUUUCGAUUCUUUGCAUCUGGCUUCCUGCGGGCCACACUAAGGCCGGCCUUUACACUUUUACCGUUUUCUGUGGUUUCUUCAGUUCCUCGAUUUUGGGCUUGACGCCACUCUGCUUGGGCUCCAUUUCUCAGGUUGACAAAUUCGGUCAGCGAUAUGGACUCAUGUAUACUUUUUCUAGUACUGGCAUUUUGUUUGGUGUUCCUGUGGGUGCAGCCCUUAUUGGUGAUGGUACAGAUACAGAGUACCGUAAUUUCAUUAUUUUCUGUGGUGUGUUUUCCGUUGUGGGUACGCUUCUGUGGAUUGUUAGCCGCUGGUACAUUGUCGGCUUUAAGAUUAAUGUUAAGGUAUAG